AUGGCUGCUCCUACUGCUGCCGCGUCCCUGUGGAGUCGCAAAUGCGACCUGGUCUACUUCACCUUCUUCGCCAUCCACGUCCCAAUCAUCUUCCUGGUUGACGCCGUCCCUAUCCUUCCCUCCUUCCUCCAAUCCGAUCUAUCCCACACCCUCCGGGAGUUUUACAUCAAUACCUACCAUGACAAGUUCUUCGAAGAGCCCCCAGCCCCCUGGUUCCACUUCUUCAUCGUCAUGGAACUAUUCUACCACGUCCCACUGAGCGUCUGGGCCAUUGGCGGCUUAAAAAGAGAUGACCCUCUUGUCCCCGUCCACCUCCUCAUUUUUGGUCUCCAGGCCUUCCUCACCUCCGCAGUCUGUCUCGUCGAGGUGUGGAGUUGGGCUGAUCGCACCGUUGCCCAAAAGCAGAAUAUCACCAUGCUCUAUGGGCCUUAUGUCGCUCUUGGUGCAUUCAUGGCGUUGGAUAUGUUCUUCAGACUUCGGGCCAAACUCUUGGCGAAAUCCAAGAGGGAGUAA